GUUGUAUCGUUGAAGAGGGAACAAAAGUAUCAUUGCAAGGACAGAAGAAAAUAUUCGGAUGCUAUUGUGUGCCUUUUCAGCUCCACGCAAAACAUCAUCAUGAUUUCCACACUCAAGGUUCAUCAUGCAUGCUCUUACUUCGGCUACAAGGUACAUAUUCGUUUCGAUGCUAUGUGCACUCAAAAUGAAUGCUUUUUAUUGUGUGUUGCUUUUCUGUUCAAUUGGUCCUCACACCUAGUGAGAGUCUGGUACCUCCAAUGGAUACUGGUCAAUCGAAUCACACCAAACAUUUCCAUG